UAUGUCAUAAUAAUUUACAUGGUCUUAAUAUAAAAAUACAUAAUAUAUCUACGUUAGAAAGAGGAUGAAAAAAUCGAGUGACGCGUUAGUAGUAAAAUGAAUCAGAACGAAUCGAAUCGAAACGAUCAACCGAAACUUUUGUCCCUGAGCAAUUUCGAAUUAUUUACGAAAUGCUAUUACCGAAAGCUAUUAACAGAAUAUAAUUUUGAUUUUCAACGAAAGAACUACCGGUCUAAAAUGUACAUUUUAUAAUCGAUAAUGAUAUUCGUUAAAUCUAAUAGGUCUUGUAAGUUUUGCUUUGUCAUUGUCCGAGGGAUUGAAGACUGUAUAAUAUUCCAUGGUUUCCUCCGCUGUGAACUUAUAAUGUGAUAUCAUUGAGAAUUUGUUUUUAUUCCACAAGAUUAUGACUAUAAUCAUGUAGAAUUUAGUAUAAGGAAGAUGACGCCUCAUUUUGUAGCUCUGACACCCAUAAGAAGACGAUGUUUGAUCAUACUCUCAAUAGUAUUAGUACCAUGCGCCAUUUUAAAUCUUUUAUCACCAUCAGAGUUGCAUGAAGAAACAGUCUUGCAAAAUAGUAUUGCAGAAUUACAAGCUAAAUUGGAACAUUUACAUGCUAAAUAUGUUACAAGCCAAGAAGAAAUAAAUUUGUUGUCACAUCAAUUAUUGCAAUUAAUAGAGAAUAAUCACAUUUUGCCAGAUCUUCAAUUUCUACUUAACAAUGCUACAUCAAAUGUGACCAAUAUAAAAUUACCAUCUAUAUAUAACUUUCUUCCUCAUUUUUUGAAUGAUCCUAAUAGUCUACGUCCAGCAUUUGUUCAGAGUAAAGGCCGUACUGGAGUUAGUAUGAUAUUAGGUGUACCAACAGUUAAAAGAGAAGUACAAAGUUAUUUGAUGGCCACACUUAAAAACUUAUUGGAUCGCAUGAAUCCUAUGGAGACAGCAGAUACUUUAAUUAUUGUGUUAAUUGCUGAAACAGAUUUGGAAUAUGUGACAUAUGUUGCAAAACAAAUUGAAGUUCAGUUUCCAGCUGAAUUUGAGGCUGGUGUAAUUGAUGUGAUAUCUCCAUCUCCAUCUUAUUAUCCAGAUUUAUCUAAACUGCGCGAUACGUUAGGUGAUGAUCAUCAAAGAGUAAUUUGGAGAUCAAAGCAGAACUUAGAUUUUGUAUUUCUUAUGUCAUAUGCUCAGACAAAAGGAACAUUUUAUGUCCAAUUAGAAGACGAUAUUUUAGCUAAAAAAAAUUUUAUAACAACAAUGAAGUCUUUUGCAUUACAAAAAAUUGCAACCAAAGAAAAUUGGUUUGUUUUGGACUUUUGUCAGUUAGGAUUUAUUGGAAAGUUAUUUAAAUGUGCAGAACUGCCCUGGUUAAUUCAGUUCUUUUUAAUGUUUCAUAAUGAUAAACCAGUUGAUUGGUUAUUAGAUCAUUUAGUAUCAACUAAAGUUUGUAGUCUUGACAAAGAUAGUAAACACUGUAAAAUGGCUAAGGCAGAAUUAUGGGUUCACUAUAAACCUUCUUUAUUUCAACACAUAGGAACACAUUCUUCGUUAAAAGGAAAAGUACAGAAAUUGAAGGAUAAACAGUUCGGAAAAAUAACAUUAUAUUAUGCACAUGAAAACCCAGAAGCCACAGUAGAAACACAAAUUAAACCUUACAAACAAUAUACAUUACAAAAGGCCUACAAAGGUGAAUCAUUUUUCUGGGGUCUUUUGCCACAACCUGGAGACCAUUUAAGAUUCAAAUUUUCUCAUCCUAUUUUUAUAAAAAGGUACUUAUUUAGAAGUGGAAAUCCCGAACAUCCAUCUGAUAGGUUUUAUAAUACUACAGUAGAAGUGUUUACAGAAAUAUCUGCAUCCAUGAAUAGAAAUAGUAACGAUGUUACCGAGGAUGGUUAUGUUAUUAUAGGAAAAUUUGAUGCACUUGGGAUUGCUCAAGGAACAGCAGAUCCAAAAUUAGGAAAGGUACUGAUACUUCGUUUAACUGUACACAGUGAAAGUGAAAAUUGGGCUAUCUUAUCUGAGAUUCAUAUAGUUGAAGAUCAUCCCAGUUGACCUUCAGAAAAAAUAUUUCGAAAUUUUUUUCGGCACCAUUUACAGGAA